GAAAAAGACCGACGAAACCGGGUGAAGCUCUGAAAAGAGAGCUGACGUUAUAGUCUUUACAUCGCUAUAUUUCGCAAAGCUCUGCCUGGAGUGGUUAAAGGUUGUCGUGCCCGGACUCCUCCCGCCACCUCUCCGCAUCUCUGGUGUGAGUGUGUCUGUGUUUGGUCUGCACAGAGAGAGAUUGUUAGCACCACAGUCGCUGUAUUGACUGUUUUGUGAGGGGAAAACAGGCAGACGGGCUCUCAGCGAUCCGCCAUGGGUGACAUGAGUGAUCUGGACCGACAGAUCGACCAGCUGAGGAGGUGUGAGCUCAUCAAGGAGAAUGAGGUCAAAGCCCUGUGUGCCAAAGCCAGAGAGAUUCUUGUAGAAGAGAGUAAUGUACAGAGGGUGGACUCUCCUGUCACGGUGUGUGGUGACAUCCACGGGCAGUUUUAUGACCUGAAGGAAUUGUUUAGGGUGGGAGGCGACGUUCCAGAAACAAACUACCUCUUUAUGGGAGACUUUGUGGACAGAGGCUUUUACAGUGUUGAGACCUUUCUGUUACUUCUCGCCCUCAAGGUGCGUUAUCCAGACAGAAUCACCCUGAUCCGGGGAAAUCACGAGUCUAGACAGAUCACACAGGUGUACGGCUUUUAUGACGAGUGUUUAAGAAAAUACGGCUCGGUUACAGUAUGGAGGUACUGCACGGAGAUCUUCGACUACCUGUCUCUAUCCGCCAUCAUUGACGGCAAAAUCUUCUGUGUACAUGGAGGCCUGUCGCCUUCCAUCCAGACUCUGGACCAGAUCAGAACCAUCGACAGAAAGCAGGAAGUGCCUCACGAUGGACCCAUGUGUGAUCUUUUGUGGUCUGAUCCUGAAGACACCACAGGCUGGGGCGUGAGUCCGAGAGGUGCUGGCUAUCUGUUUGGCAGUGAUGUUGUGGCUCAGUUUAACGCCGCCAACGACAUCGAUAUGAUAUGCAGAGCACACCAGCUCGUCAUGGAGGGUUACAAGUGGCAUUUCAACGAGACCGUUCUCACUGUGUGGUCUGCGCCCAACUACUGCUACAGAUGUGGGAACGUGGCAGCGAUCCUCGAGCUGGACGAGCAUCUGCAGAAAGAGUUCAUCAUUUUCGAAGCCGCUCCGCAAGAAACCAGAGGCAUUCCCUCCAAAAAGCCAGUCGCUGACUACUUCCUGUGAGCUUCCCGGAUGCCAGCACUCUCAACAGGAAGUGGUGCCCUGUGUGUACUUGUAUUUCUGUUUCCCCUUUCCCUGCCCAACUGUCUUAAUUGUGCUUUUUUUAUUAUUAUUAUUCUUACUUUCUCUGUAAUAUUCAGUUUUUGUUUUCUACUUUCCAUCCACUUUCACAUUCUUUCACUGGGCCAUCAAGACACACAUUGGCAUUAUGUUCCGCUGUGAAUUCUCUCAAUCUCAGACUCACGGUAUGCUGUAGAUGUAGACCUUUAUUAUGUAUGUGAAUAGCGGUAGGGAGAGAGGAAGAGCUUCUGGGGAAGAGCUGGUUUCACGUGUUCCUCAGAAAAAGCUGUAUUUGUCCAAGCGGGAGGUCAAAACUGGUUGAUGGAGACUUUUUUUUGUUGUUUCUUCAACUCCUUUCUUCUUAUUCUCUUUUCAUGCAAGUUUUGAAUCUGUUAGAGAAUGGGUUUGACACGACCCUGCUUUGAUUACAUUUACAGUCAUCGGCUUUCAGCAGAGUCCUUAUAGUUUCAGAUUUCCCCGUUUUUUUUUUUUUUUUGUUUGUUUUUUGUUUUUUGCGAAGGAAAUGACUGCAGAUUCUGUGGUCAUAUGUAUAUGGACAUUAACUACACUGGAAAACAUUAACCAUACACACACACACAGAACUGGAGUUAGAAAUGUGCUUUUCCCUCUUGACUGUUCUCUCUAUAGGACUUAUUGUUGAUUCUUAUUUUUAAUUUGUGAAAAUAAAAUGUACUUUUGUAUAAAUUUA